GCGAGAGCCAACGGUUUAUCGCUGGCGCUCAAGCCGUGCGUCGAGAGAGCACUCAUCAUUUUUUGAAGACAAGAACGAUGGCUUUGACCAAGGAACAACACGAUGAACUCUGCGUCGCCUACGCGUCCAUGAUCCUCUUCGACGGCGAAGCCGAGAUCACGUCGGAGGCCCUCUCGAACGUCAUCGUCGCCUCGGGCAACGAAGUCGAGCCCUACUGGCCCAUGCUCUUCGCCAACCUCCUCUCGCAGGACGGCAAGAUGCUCGAGCUCAUCACGUCGGGCGGCCCGUCGUCGGGUGCCGCUGCCCCGGCUGCCGCUGGCGCUGCCGCCCCGGCCGCCGCUGCUGCCGACAAGAAGGAAGAGAAGAAGGAAGAAGAAGAGGCUGACCUCGGCGGUGGCAUGGACAUGUUCGGCGGUGGCUCGGACUAUUAAG